AUGGACCCAAACAUGUCCACCCUCCUCAAAUGGAGCGUCGAAAACUCCUCAGCCACAGCAGCAGACCCCACCGCGCCUCCCCCUCAAAGCACACUCAACCCCGAAGCACUCGCAGCCCUCUUCGGCGGCCCCUCAGACGCAGACCUAAUGGUCUCCUCCAUGUCCGCAAUCACCACCUCCGAUCCUGAAGUCACAGUCUUAGACAAAAUCGUCGCAUUCGAUAAUUUCGAGCAAUUGAUCGAGAACUUGGAUAAUGCGAACAACCUCGGUCCUCUGAAUCUCUGGACGCCGUUACUGGGGUGUUUGGCACAUGAGGAGGGGGAGAUCCGGAUGAUGGCUGCGUGGUGUGUGGGCACGGCGGUGCAGAAUAAUGUUUCGUGUCAGGAGAGACUUUUGGCUAUGGGGGGCAUUGGACCGCUGGUGAAGGUUGCGACGAGUAAGGGAGAGGGGGAGAAGACGAGGAGGAAGGCGGUUUAUGCUGUUAGUUCUGCGGUGAGGAAUUAUCAGCCUGCUAUGGAUGUUUUGACGGAGGAGUUGGGGAAGAUUGAGGAGUGGAAGGAGUUUGGGGGGAAGGUGGAUGCGAGUGAUAUGGAUGCUGUGGAUGUUGUUAUUGGGAAGUUGAGGGAGGAGGCUGCUAAGGGUGUGAAGGCUUGA